AAUGUUGGUCUUAGACAAUCAUAUGGGAUUACUUCAGCAAAGAUAAACGUAAAGGACCGGAACAUUGAAUACGGAUCAUAUUGAACAAUGAUAACAACGUUUUCUGUUGCUUUGGUUUUCGUUUUGUGCGGAAUAGAAACAGACGCAACUGACUGCAUUAGCAGACAAGAAUUUGACGAAUUUAAGACAAAUGUUUUUAACCAAAUUGAGAAACUAACCCUGGAAAAUGACAGGCAAUCCGUACAAAUAGAGCAUCAGAGGAAAAAAAUUCUGGAUUUAAUGAAUUCGUUGGCAAAGUAUGAAGAAGCAUCAACUAAUUUAAGUCCAGAAGAUUCAACAAACAUUUCUAACGACAGUAUACCUUUGAAACAUUCAAGGUUAUUCAGAAAAGAUUCGUUGAUAUCAAAAUCGCCAGUAAAAGGAACAGUUAAAAAAACUAGAUUAUUAACAUCUCAAGGAUCAAUGACAACUGUCAUGGCAGACGUAGUUGCCUUUUAUGCCUACCUUACAAAUACAGAAACAAACCCAGGGCCGCAUCAUGUAAUCGUAUAUGACCAUGUCGUGACGAAUUCUGGAAAUGGAUAUAACAAGCACUCUGGAGCAUUUACAGUCCCAAAAGCAGGCAUGUAUGUGUUUUCCUGGACAACAUUUGUUGACCCAAAUUCGUAUUUUCCAAUUGAACUCGCGGUCAACAGUCAUCGGGCUGGUAUAGUUUUCGUGCAUGCCAGUACAACUUUUAAUGGAGUUACUGGCUCAGUCGUUAUUCAGCUUCAGCAGGAUGACGUGGUUAUGGUAAGGUCAGAACCCGGAUAUAACCCCAGUGGAAACAUUUACAGUGACAACAAAAUGAAAACGACAUUCUCUGGAUGGUGUAUUUCAUGUUCGAGUUAAAAACUAUGUUUUGAAAUGAGAAUUCAUAAAUAAAUCGAUUUCUCGUUGAUGAAA